UUUUGCCGUUCGGCGCUUUACUCAGUGAGUCGGAUUCCGUCGGGGCGGGUCGUCACUACAGUCUAAUAUAGCACUAUAUAGAAUUGUGUACUAUACAUUUAGUGUAGAGUAGGGCGGCCCGAUUAUUAACCCGACUAACGUACUUAAUUAAAACAUCCACAAUGUUGCACCUAAAGAACAUCGCCAAGUCGGUGGUUCCACCGCUAAAGAAUAGCCUCCAGAAUGAGGCAGCUAAUACUAUGCUCAAACUUACGCCUGCUGGUGUAAACGUAUGCUGCCGUACAUACGCAAGCCAUGAAAUUCCAGACAGGCUUAAAGAGAUUCCGACCUCCGCUAACCCAAGAUUCUUCGACAUGGUGGAGUACUUCUUCCACAGAGCAUGCCAAGUGAUCGAAGACAAACUGGUAGAAGACAUGAAGUCAAGAGUUCCCAUUGAAGAGAAGAAAAAGAAGGUAGCCGGCAUCCUGAAGUUGAUGCAGCCAUGUGAUCACAUCAUUGAAAUCCAAUUUCCAUUAAGGCGCGAUUCUGGCGAUUACGAAAUGAUUCGAGGCUACAGAGCGCAACAUUCCUCACACAGGACUCCAACCAAAGGAGGUAUCAGAUUCUCAACCGAUGUGUCCAGAGACGAGGUCAAGGCUCUUUCCGCCUUGAUGACAUUCAAGUGUGCGUGCGUUGAUGUGCCAUUCGGUGGUGCUAAGGCCGGUAUCAAGAUCAACCCCAAGGAAUACUCUGAGCAUGAGCUGGAAAAGAUUACCCGUCGUUUCACCUUGGAGCUCGCCAAGAAGGGCUUUAUUGGGCCCGGCGUGGAUGUGCCAGCCCCUGACAUGGGUACUGGUGAACGCGAGAUGUCGUGGAUCGCCGACACGUACGCCAAGACCAUUGGUUACCAGGACAUCAACGCUCACGCUUGCGUCACUGGAAAGCCUAUCAACCAGGGAGGUAUCCACGGAAGAGUGUCCGCUACCGGCAGAGGUGUAUUUCACGGCCUGGAGAACUUCAUCAAUGAGGCCAACUACAUGAGCAUGAUCGGCACGACCCCCGGCUGGGGCGGCAAGACGUUCAUCGUGCAAGGUUUCGGUAACGUGGGUCUGCACACUUGCCGUUACCUCGUCCGCGCUGGAGCCACCUGCAUCGGUAUCAUCGAGCACGACGGCUCCAUCUACAACCCUGACGGUAUUGACCCUAAGGCCCUCGAAGACUACAGAAUCGAGAACGGCACCAUUGUAGGCUUCCCCGGAGCCAAGGCGUACGAAGGCGAGAACAUGUUGUACGAGAAGUGCGACAUCCUCGUGCCCGCUGCCAUCGAGCAGGUCAUCCACAAGGAGAACGCACACAAGAUCAAUGCUAAGAUCAUUGCUGAAGCUGCCAACGGCCCAACCACGCCCGCAGCUGACAAGAUCCUGAUCGACCGCAACAUUCUGGUCAUUCCUGACUUGUACAUCAACGCUGGUGGUGUCACCGUGUCCUUCUUCGAGUGGCUCAAGAACCUCAACCACGUCUCUUACGGACGUCUCACCUUCAAAUAUGAGCGCGAGUCCAACUACCACCUAUUGGAAUCCGUACAAGAGUCACUAGAAAGGCGUUUCGGCCGCGUCGGAGGCCGCAUUCCAGUCACACCCUCAGAGUCCUUCCAGAAGAGGAUUUCUGGUGCCUCCGAGAAAGACAUUGUUCACUCUGGUCUCGACUACACCAUGGAGAGGUCGGCUAGGGCCAUCAUGAAGACUGCGGUGAAAUUCAACUUGGGCUUAGAUCUGAGAACAGCGGCGUACGCCAACUCCAUCGAAAAGAUCUUCACCACAUACGCCGACGCCGGUCUUGCAUUCUAAACACUCACUAGAUAAAUUGAAGUAUUGUCUGCAUUUUAUAGACUCCAGUUUAGUCCCUAUGCACAUAAGUGUAACUUUUAAGACAUUAUUAUCACAGUAUUUUUGUUUGUUGGAAUCAUGGCUUUUUUACUUUAAUGUUAAGCGAAUCGUUAAACUUUUUAAAGUGAAAAUUUAAUUUUCCAAUUGUAUCGUCUUGAAUUUUGAAUAAAUUGUUUUACUGUUAUUCCUAAAUAAA